UUACCUAAAUCUUAAAAAAAUAUUUUUUUCAGUUAUUAGAUUCGUCAGAAUCUGGUGUUACUGCUAAUCACCAAGAAAUAAACAAUAUUAAUGUCGAACCAGAAAUGGACACCCUGAUAGACCAAAAUGUCAAGGUCCUGUACAUAGAGCCUAUAGCUCCUAACGAUCCCGAUGUAGUUGAAUUUGUUCCUGCGAGUAAGUUUAACAUUGAAACCAACAAUGUUGAGAUUAUUUACCGACCCAUAGAAGAGAAUAUUAGUCUUUCAAUCAACAUUGCUUCUGAUGACCUCAACAAAGACAUUGAUUUGGAUUUUUUUGACAAAGAAGUUAUUAAUUCAAAUGAAGAGUUCCUUCUUGAAAAUGAAACUACGGAUGUCGCUGAAAUUAUUUCAAAUGAAGUUCCAUCAAGAGCUUUCAGAGAAACAAGUACUGAAAAGGGGGUGAUGCUGGAAAAUAAAAAUGUGGUUGAAAAGGGUACCGAAGAAAUUUCCAGUACUUCACAAUUAACUACUAAUACUGACAAGGACUACAUUCCAGAAGAUAUUGAAAAUUGAAGUGUAUCAUCUGUAUCAUCAAUAGAUGUAGAAACACAGAAAACAAAUCGUUCUAGAAAACGCAAAAGAAAUGAAAAUAAUUGGAAGCAAAAUCAAGUCAAGAAAAAUAAAAAUGAGGGUAAGUCAUAUAUAAGUUCAAAAGGACGGACUAUUCCGGAAAAAAAGAUGGGCCCUACUUGUGAAGAAAAAUGUAAGUACAACUGCUCAAUUAAAAUAAGGGAAGAUCAGAGAAACCAACUCUUCCGAAUGUAUUGGGAAUUGGGAGAUGUCACGAAGCAAAGAUCUUUUAUUUCAUAUAAUACCAAAGAAAUAAAACCAAAAUACAGAUCGUCUACAAAUAAUUAUAGAUCGCUUAAUAGAGACUUUUUUUUAAAUUUUCCUAUUGAUGGGAACAAAGACAGGGUGUGUAAGAAGUUUUUUAUGAAAACUUUAGGUAUAUGAGAUAGAACCGUUAGGACUGCUUUUGCAAAAACUGAUUUUAAUGGAAUAGUAAAGGGUGACAAUAGGGAAAAGCACGAUAGACAUAGAGUGGUUGAUCUUAAAAUCAAAGAGUCCAUUAGAGAUCAUAUUAACUCAAUUGACAGGGUCCCUUCUCAUUACUGCAGAGCUGAUAGUAAGCGAGAAUAUAUAUUUGAUGAUAUUACAUUAAGUGAGCUAUAUCGAAUGUAUGUUAAUUGUUGUGAAGCUACAAACAUACUUCCUGGAACAAAGUCACUUUAUUCUAAUAUUUUCAACAACGAAUUCAACAUAGGAUUUCAACAGCCAAAAAAGGAUCAAUGUCAGCUCUGCAUGCGAUUUAAUAAUAGCACAGAGGAGCAGAAAGAAACGUAUGAACGACACCAACUCCAAAAAACUUUGUCUAGGGAAGAGAAAAACAACGACACAGAGACCACAAAGACUGACAAAAACACCAAAGUAUUUUGUUUCGAUCUAGAAGCUGUUUUACUCACCCCCACUUCAUCUCUUCGAUCCACAAAAAGGACAGUAAGAAAGAGUGUUCAAAUUAUAGAGGUAUAUCGGUAACGAGUAUAUUUAACCGACAAUAUGGGAAAAUUUUGAGGGACCUAA